AUGACAGAGACGAGCGAUAAUCAGUCAUCGAUAAGCACCUUCAUUGUCGAAGAUGUCAAAAUCUUUGACGGUCAUAAGUUUAUUGCCAAUGGCUUUGUCUAUGUUCGUGACGGACAUAUCGCCGAUGUUGGCAGCGGCAAGCCAGACAGAAUUAUCGGACAACAUACCUUGAGGAUCUCUCGACCACAGCAUACGCUCAUCCCGGGACUGAUUGACGCCCAUAUCCAUGCCCUUGCUGGUAACACCAACAGUGUUGAACAGUCUCUGCGCUUUGGAGUCACAACCGUAUGCGAUAUGCAUAACGAAGUGGAAGAUAUCAUGCGGCUGAAACAGUGGGUUGCCGAGCCGAAAAACAAGGCUAGGUACUCGGAUUAUAAGUACGCUGGAAUCGGAGCGGUUGUCGAAGGAGGAUGGCCUAUCCCCGUCAUGAAAAAGGAACUGGAGUCAGUUCCUCAGGGCGAGAAAGUUCUAGACGCCAUCGUCUCGGCCUGGCCCAAAAUAAAUACAGGUCAUGAUGCAAAACCAUUUGUCCAACAGCAGGUCAAUCAGCAUGGCGCAUCAUAUAUCAAGAUGUUUCACGAACUGGGAGACACCCUCGGCAUGAAACUACCGUCACCUUCUAUAGAUGUGCAAAACUCUAUAGUAAAAGCCGCUCAUGACGCGGGAGUCAUUGCUGUUGGUCAUGCCCUCAGCUAUAGUGGCGCCAUGGAUCUCCUCGAGGCUGGAGUCGACGGCUUCACGCAUAUUUUCCUAGACAAACCUCCUAAUGACUACUUCAUCAAGGUUAUGAAGUCGCGCAAUGUUCACUGCAACCCAACGCUGAGCUUAUGUGCAUCGCAAACCGCCGAGCGACAGGAAUGGCAGCAAACAUUCAGAACAGACCCCUUUGCUCAGAGUAUGCUGAUUGAGAAAACAUUCGAGAAGCCACUUGGACUAGCCAAGGCAGAGCGCCCAAGAGCCGGUGUACAGCACGCGUAUGAAACCACGCGAAAGCUGUACCAGGCAGGUAUCCCUUUGAUAGCAGGCAGUGACUGUGCUGGUCAAGGGUUCGGUGUAGCAUAUGGUCUUGGGGUACAUAUUGAGAUGUACCUUUUUGCCCAUGAGAUCGGCAUGUCGCCCGAAGAUGUCCUCAAAUCUGCUACGUCUACUACAGCUACUCGGUUUGGGUUCGAGGAUAGAGGAGAGAUUUCGGUUGGAAAGAAGGCAGAUUUGGCUCUUGUCGAGGGUGACAUUGCUGAUGUACUAUCUGAUCCAAAAAACCGCUGUUUGCCAAUCGUGGGUGUUUGGAGAGAUGGUGUUCUGGCGUCUAUUUAUGAGCGGGGUUAUCCUGAAUUUGUGCAAACAUUUGAUAGGAAUAUCUGA